AUGUCUAUUCAAACACAGGACUCCCAAGAGACUCUAAAGUCACUUUCUUUGAUUGCUGCACAUUCACACAUCUCAGGCUUAGGUUUAGAUGAAAAUUUACAACCAAAGCCUUCUUCCCAAGGUAUGGUGGGACAAUUGCAAGCUCGUAGAGCUGCUGGUGUCAUUUUGAAGAUGGUUCAAAAUGGUAGUAUUGCAGGUAGAGCUGUCUUAGUUGCUGGCCCACCUUCCACCGGUAAAACUGCGUUGGCCAUGGGUUUAUCUCAAUCAUUGGGUAAAGACGUUCCAUUCACUGCCAUUGCUGGUUCUGAAAUCUUUUCUUUGGAACUAUCUAAAACCGAAGCUUUAACUCAAGCUUUCCGUAAAUCAAUUGGUAUCAAGAUUAAGGAAGAAACCGAAUUGAUUGAAGGUGAGGUUGUGGAAAUCCAGAUCGAUAGAUCAAUCACUGGUGGCCAUAAACAAGGUAAAUUGACCAUUAAAACCACAGACAUGGAAACUAUUUAUGAGUUGGGUAAUAAGAUGAUUGAAGGUCUAACUAAAGAAAAGGUUCUUGCUGGUGAUGUUAUCUCUAUAGAUAAGGCCAGUGGCAAGAUCACCAAACUAGGUAGGUCCUUCGCCCGUUCUCGUGAUUACGAUGCCAUGGGUGCCGACACAAAGUUUGUACAGUGCCCUGAGGGUGAACUUCAAAAAAGAAAGACUGUAGUUCACACUGUUUCAUUGCAUGAAAUUGAUGUGAUAAACUCUCGUACACAAGGUUUCUUGGCUUUGUUUACCGGUGACACAGGUGAAAUCAGAUCCGAAGUUCGUGACCAAAUUAAUACGAAAGUCGCAGAAUGGAAAGAAGAAGGUAAAGCAGAAAUUGUUCCAGGUGUUCUCUUCAUCGAUGAAGUUCACAUGCUAGAUAUUGAAUGUUUUUCUUUCAUUAACCGUGCUUUAGAAGAUGAGUUUGCACCAAUCGUGAUAAUGGCAACUAACCGUGGUAUUUCUAAGACCCGUGGUACCAACUACAAAUCCCCACAUGGACUUCCUCUUGACCUUUUGGAUAGAUCUAUCAUAAUAACUACCAAGAAUUACGAUGCAAGUGAAAUCAAGACAAUCUUAACUAUCAGAAGUACAGAAGAGGAAGUAGAGCUUUCGCCUGAAGCCCUCGAUCUUCUAACGAAUAUUGGUUCCGAGACCUCUCUUCGUUACAGUAGUAAUCUAAUCAGUGUAUCUCAACAAAUAGCUCAGAAGCGUAAGUCAAACACUGUUGAAGUCAAAGAUGUUGAACGUGCAUAUCUUUUAUUCUUAGACAGUGCUCGUUCUGUCAAGUUCGUUCAAGAGUUCGAAUCCCAAUACAUCGACGACAAGGGCCAAGUAAACAUCAGUAUCGGUAAAGACGAAGAUGCCAUGGACACGACAGCUUAA